AUGGGCCGUUUCAUGGCCCUUGCCCUCGGGCUCCUGGCCGCCUCUCCCGUACUCGUCGCAGCGGUCGCCGUCCCCGUCCCGACGCCGGCCCCUGUUGCCCCCGUUGCUGCCUGGGCACCCAUUGCGGCCCGAGGCGUCGACUGUUACUUUCAGAUCGGUGCCGACGACAACACCACAUGCUCGGAGUUUGCCGGUGAGUGGGCCUUGACUGUCACCGAGUUUCAGGCCCUGAACCCGGGCGUCGUCUGCCCGAACCUCAACAGCGACACGCUGUAUUGCGUGAGCGGCACCGUCACUGGCAGCAGCAGCUCAGGCGCCGUCGGGCCCCACCGCAGCAAGACCUCGGUCAGCUUCGAACUGCCGUCGGGUUCCGGCGGGCCCUCCAGUUUCUGGACGUCCUUCUCGCGCGUCCAGUCCGCCACGUCCACCACCACGUCCACCACCAGCUCCUCGUCUUCGAUUUCGUCUUCGUCAUCGAAAUCGGCAGGCCCACCGGGGCCGACCCAGAGCGGCGAGGCGGCGAACUGCAGUAACUACCACAAGGUCGUCAAAGGUGACACGUGCCCUAACAUUGAGGCCGCAUACGGCAUCAGCGCCGACCAGUUCGCGUCUUGGAACCCGUCGGUCGGCACCGACUGCCGGGGCCUGCUCGUCGGCCGCGCCGUUUGUGUCGGCGUUCCGGGGGCGACAUCCUCGAUCGUGAGCGUUGCGCCCAGCUCGACGUCCAAGUCCGCGAGUGCUUCUCCCUCGUCGAGUGUUCCGUCGGGCGUUCCCUCGCCACUGCAGCCUGGUACUUUUUCGAACUGCACGUCUUACCACAAGAUUGUAUCCGGUGACACCUGCUCUGCCAUCGAGGCGGCCGCCGAUAUCACCGCUGCGCAGUUCGCGUUCUGGAACAGCGGUGUUGAUAGCAGCUGUUCCAACAUCGAUGUUGGCUACUAUCUUUGUAUUGCCGGUGGUGGUGACACUGGUCCGUCCUCGGGCGCUCCAUCCCCGCUCCAGCCUGGUACUCUCGACAACUGUACGUCCUACCACAAGGUCGUCUCCGGCGAUACGUGCGGUGCGAUCGAGACUGCGGCGGGCAUCACAGCUGCACAGUUUGCUGCCUGGAACAGCGGUGUUGACAGCACAUGCUCUAACAUCGACGUCGGCUACUAUCUCUGUAUUGCCGGUGGUGGUGACACUGGUCCGUCCUCGGGCGCUCCAUCCCCGCUCCAGCCUGGUACUCUCGACAACUGUACGUCCUACCACAAGGUCGUCUCCGGUGAUACGUGUGGUGCGAUCGAGACGGCCGCAGGCAUCACAGCUGCGCAGUUCGCCGCGUGGAACUCGGGUGUUGACAGCACGUGCUCUAACAUCGACGUCGGCUACUAUCUCUGUAUUGCAGGCGGCGGUGACACUGGCCCGUCCUCGGGUGCUCCGUCCCCGCUGCAGCCCGGCACCCUGGCCAAUUGUACGUCUUACCACAAGGUCGUCUCGGGCGAUACAUGCAGCGCCAUUGAGACUGCCGCAGGCAUCACGGCUGCGCAGUUUGCCGCGUGGAACUCGGGUGUCGAUUCCACCUGCUCUAACAUCGAUGUUGGCUACUACCUCUGUAUUGCCGGUGGCGGCGGUACGGGCUCUACAACCGGUGCUCCGUCCCCGCUCCAGCCCGGCACCUUAUCGACAUGCAAGACCUACCACAAAGUCGUCUCCGGUGACACUUGCGCCGCCAUUGAGAAGUCAGCGGGCAUUUCGGCCGCAGAGUUUGCCGCCUGGAACAGCGGUGUUGACAGCACGUGCUCCAACAUCGACAUCGGUUAUUACUUGUGUAUCGGUGGUGGCCCUGCCGUGUCGACGCCAACCACGCCCUCGCCGCUGCAACCCGGCACCAUCUCCACGUGCAAAACAUUCCACAAGGUUGUCUCUGGUGAUACUUGCGUCGCCAUUGAGAAGUCGGCCGGCAUCACGGCGGCACAAUUUGCCAAGUGGAAUACGGGUGUGAAUGCUGAGUGCACCAACAUUGAUGUAGGCUACUAUGUUUGUAUUGGUGCUUAA